CAGUGCCUGUGUGAGCAAGAGAGGGAGUGAGAAAGAGAGACAGGGAGAGAAGGAGUGAGAAAGGAGCAAGAAAGAAUAGGAAGGGAGAGAAAAGAAAAGGGAUACAGGAAUCAUGUUGUGCUGCAUUAGAAGAACUAAACAGGCUGAAAAGAAUGAUGAUGCUAAUGCGAAAGCUGAGCAAGAGACUACCAAACCUGAAGACAAGGCUCACAAGGCUGCCACCAAAAUCCAGGCUAGCUUCCGUGGCCACAUAACACGGAAAAAGCUCAAGGGGGAGAAGAAAGGAGAGUCAGCUGUGGCAAUAAAAGUGGAGGACGCAGAGAAAAAAGAUGACGGUAAAAAAACAGAGCCCGUUAAGGAGGAAGAGGCAACAGCAACGGAACCAGCUACAUCUGGUUCUGAAGGGAAAACAGAAGAGGUAGAAAAGCCAACAAGCAAUCCUGAAGCAACCCCCUCUGAUGCUGAGAAGGCAUUAGAGGCUAAAGAAGCUCCCACGGAAAACUUGGAAAAAGCAACGGCAGCAGUGACAGAACAAAAGACCACGAAUGGCGAAAAGGAUGCCAAGGAAACAGGAAGUGACGCAAGUACGGCCACUGAAAGUACUCCACCUUCAAAUGUUACCUCCAGCCAGGAAAAGGAGAAGAAACCAGUAGAAGUGCCUGCCACUGAGGCUAGCGAAGAAGCAACAAAGGCUCAAACUGAGACAGCUGCUAGUAGCACAGCACCAGAGAAAACAGAUUCUGCAGAUGAAAGUAAACCUUCUGAAAGUGCCCAAAACGAAGAAGUUAAAGAUGAUGAAAAGAAGGCCACCGAGGAAAAUGCCUGAAGAUGCAAGGCCCCCAGCCCCAGCUACUCUCUCCCCUUUGAUGUGUGGACCAUUCCCCAUAUGGCUAAAGGCGGGAAAGUUUUCCAGUCAAACAGUGUGGCUUAAUUUAAAUGUUCUUGGUGUUGUUCUGGCAGUUUGAUGACCAUCAUUUGGAAUUCUUGCACUGUACAAAUUUUCUCUGGCUCUCUGUUUCACUGUAUGCAAUGUUAUUUUAAGAAGUAAAAAUGUAAGUGAAAAUGGUAUCCUUUAAAUGUGAUGGGAAUGAAUAUACAUUUGUUUUGAGAAUAAAGCAAAGUGCCAAUUAUUGGUGGGUAAGGCCUCAUUGAGACCCUAACUUUGGGGUCAUUUAUCUUAAAUACAAUCUCCAUCUAAUUGAUUCAAAUAACAAAUAUUUAAUUGCAAUCAAAACU